AUGAUGUACCUUGAAGGCCCUCCUAAAAAAGCAGCUGCACUCAGCUCAGGCCUCGGCUUCGGCGCGCACACAGCAGGACACUAUCCGUCCCCAGCGCGCAGGCGCCACCGCACCACCUUCAGCCAUGAACAGCUGGAACACCUGGAGGUUGCGUUCGGCCAGAAUCACUAUCCUGACAUUUACUGUCGUGAGGAGCUGGCGCGGGUUACCAAGCUAAAUGAGGCACGCAUACAGGUGUGGUUCCAGAACCGGCGAGCCAAGCAGCGGAAACAGGAAAGGGCAUCCCAGAAGGCCUUGCCAGUGGGGGUGCUACCAGGCUGCGGGGGCCUGAUGGGCGGGAUGUGUGUGCCAGCGAACGGGGUGGGGCGACAAUACCAAUACCCCCACUCCCUUGCUCACAUCCCCCGCCUCUCGUCUGUGCUGUCCCCCGGUGGAUACUCUCACCCAGGCCCUGGCAGCCAGUUCCCCUGCCCCACCGUGCCUGCUCCACCACCGCGCCAACAUGAAGACUGGUACAACCAGCUGCGGACCAUCGCAUCACCCAUGCCCAGCCUGCCCACCCCCAUUCUCUCCCUCGCCUCCAUGACUGGGCUGGAACCAGCUCCUCACUGGAGCUAG